UUACUGACCAUUACUCCACACAAAGAAGUCUUCUGGAGUAACCAAACCAACCCAAUCAGAAACGCAUCGGAAAUUCCAACCAAGGCCAGUUGCCCCUUAGAUGAAAACUCGCUGUCGCUUGCUUUGAUAGUUUUUUACUCCAUUAUUUUUAUUAUUGGAUUGGUUGGAAAUAUUACAGCCCUGGUUGCUUUUCUGUGCGUUCACCAGAAAAGGAAUUCUAUCCAAGUCUACUUGAUAAACGUAGCUGUUGCAGAUCUACUGCUGAUCUUUUGUCUUCCUUUCCGAAUACUCUAUCACGCUUCCGAAAACACCUGGAAGUUUGGGCUGAUUUUAUGCAAGAGCGUAGGCACUCUGUUUUAUACGAACAUGUAUAUUAGCAUAGUACUCUUGGGACUGAUCAGUUUAGAUCGUUACAUAAAAAUAAAUAAGUCUGUGAAGCGUCCUAAACUGCUGACUACUACACGAAGCAAACACAUUUGUUGCGUGGUGUGGGCAGUUGCCCUAACAGGAUUUAUAGUAGUAGUUGCACCAGCUUUCCUCAAGAGUAAGGACAGCAAUUCUACUGCAUGCUUCCACUACCGAAAUAAACACGACGCAAAGACAGAAGCCAUCAUAAAUUACAUUAUUGUACUGAUUUUUUGGAUUGUUUUUUUCCUUUUGAUACUUUCCUAUGUCAAAAUUGCCAAGAACCUCCUGAAAAUUUCGAGGAAAAGAGCAAAUUUUCCCAACGCGGUAAAAUACACCCAGACGGCGAGGAACUCCUUCAUCGUGCUCAUUAUCUUCACCAUCUGUUUUGUCCCUUACCAUGUGUUCCGGUUUGUGUACAUCACAUCACAGCUAGAGAAUCCAUCCUGCUACUGGAAGGAAAUCAUUCACAAAUGCAACGAGGUGAUGCUCGUAUUUUCAUCUUUUAACAGCUGCUUAGACCCAGUGAUGUAUUUCCUAAUGUCCAGAAGUGUCCGUAAGACUGUAUUGCAGCUUGUCUGCAGAAGACUUCACAGAGAUUCAGGCCUAAAUCUUGAAAGCACUUCAGAAAUAAAACUUGGACAAUACACACAAGACCGAUUAUCUACUACCACUCCUCACUUGAGUUCUUUAAGGAAGAAAUAUCUGAUUUGAUUGUCUACACGAAUGGAUGCCAGCCUCCCUCCGGCACCUCUGCACGUCAAUUUAAGAUUAUCAAAUGCUGUACUGUACUGCUACUAAUUCUGCCUCUUUCUUCCUGUUAAAAAUGGGAAGUCUUACUUCUGUUUGCAAAAACAAGAAGUUACUUUUCAGAAGUAUUUGCCUUCUUUAUCCAAGAAAACAAAAUAAGAAGUUCUCAGACAUCUUCUGCUGGACUAAACUAGAACACUAAUUAAGAUUUCCACCAAGUGGUUUGAACUUGUGUAUAGACAUUAGCAUUGCCAACUUGUGCCUGUAAAUAAUAGAUGGAUUUUGCAAAAAGCCAAUUGUGUCUUGGUUAAGAGCUACAUAAACCAUCACAGGUUGUAUGCACUUCUCUGUUUUAAUAGGUUCCAGAGGGAUCAGCAUUUUAACUACAUUUAGAAAAGUAUGUUUGAAAGAAAACAUUUAAGGUUUUAGCAAGAUAAGUGGCUUUAAAAAAUGAGGUGAAGAACAUAACUACCACUAAUUCAGUUGUAAUUACAGAAGUUUCUUAAACAGGACAAUGAGAAUAUUCAAGCCUCCUAAGCCCCUCCUUGUAUUUGCAGAUUUAGUAAGUAGCAGGGCUGAAUACACACUUCACUUCUUCUAGGUAUGAACUUUAAUUCUGAUGUGAUUUUACUUAAUUCAGGAUGGAUGAAACUGGGUAUAAACAUGUUAAAUUACAAUAACUAGUCAGUAUAGUUCAGUGUUUUGUGGUCUUUUUUUUUUUGCAGUGUCUUUGUUGUUGUGUUUUCUUUUUAAUAAAUGAAGUGUACAGAUUAA